ACUUUGGCGUCGUUCAAAGAUUAGUUUAAAACGUUGAAUUUGUCAUCAACUAUGAGUACAAAUAUUGAAAAGAUAUUUCUUAAUGUAAUGACGUCACGGCCUUUAUAUCAAUGGGCUGAUUUCGAAAAAGCACUAUUUUAUGCUCAAGAGGUUACGCGUAUUACUUAUGUGAAGGGCGAUUUCGAAAAAAUGCACACUGAUAAAGGGACACGAUAUAAGUACAUUAAUUACAAAUGUUCUCAUUCAACUGGACCAUCAAACUCUCCGAAUAUGAGCAAUACCAAUGGUGUUAAUGAAGGAUGUACUGCAGCAUUCCAAGUUCGAUGGGUUGAUAAUUGUUAUGUAGUCACCUUUAUAAAUCAGGAACAUAAUCAUAGUCACUCUUCAAAUAAUCGGGCGAAGAAAGCACCAGAAAAUAAAAGAAGACGUAUCGAUGCAUCGAAUGGAAAGAAAAACCAAGGAAAUAAUCAAAGUUUUAAUCAUCCAAUAGUUAUAUCAAGUAUUCGAGACCAAAUAGCUCAAAGUAGUGAAACUUUGGACCAGGUUCUAUCGAUUAUCAAUCGGAAUUCAUAUGUUGGAAUUGAAAGAAAUUCUUCGGAUCAAGUAACACAAAUUACAUUAGCACGUUACGAACAAGUUGACGUAUAUCGUCAAUAUCCAGAAGUAGUACUUUUAAACGCUGCUUACGAUGUGAAUUCAACGGGAUUUUCAUUAUUUCAAUUUGUUGUGACUGACGGUUUUGGUUGUCCUAGACCAAUUAUGUAUUCACUAAGUACUAUUCAACAAAAAGAAGAGAUAACAAUUCUAUUAAAUCAUUUUUGCGGUAUUGUUGGCAGCGUUGAUAACACUCGCACAUUUAUAAUGGAUUGUGCUAUAGUUCAGUUGGAUGUUGUACAAAAAAUAUUUCCGAAAGCCAGAAUCUUACUGAAUCCUUUCAUUAUUAAAGAAUCAUUUACAAGAAAAUGCGAUAGUCUCACAGCUGUUGCAGUUUUUCACGCAAUGAUUACUACAGUAUCUCCUUUACAAUUUGAUUAUUACCUGGAGAGAUUAAAAAAUACGAGUACUAAUGCAUAUAAUUACGUGAUGAAUACAUGGAUUCCUACAAAGAAAAUGUGGGCAGCCUCAUAUUGUCUGGAUGCUGUAACUCUUGGCGCCAGUACUACUGAAAUCAUUAAAGGUGUAAAUUUCGGCGUUAAAGAGUCACUGAAAAAGCUUACUUCUGUUAAAGAAAUUAUGACUAUAAUAUAUAAUGAAGCUGGAAAGCAAUGGGUUUAUCCUAGUAUCAGUAUCUUUUCAUCAUCAUCGUUGUCAUUCCCUGGACAUUCUACUAAUAAUCUAAAUAAUAACAAUAAUUUAUCAGAAAAGUUUAAAUAUAUUUUAGAAAAAUUAACUGAUUAUGCAGCAGAAAUGGUCUACAAACGUUUAAGUAAAGUUGAUAAAAUCAAUAUAAAUUUCACCAAUGAACAAUUAGCUUUAUGCGCAGAUUCUUCAUUUGUAUAUGAAGUUGAUCGUGACAAUGCCACAUGUUCUUGUUCAUUCAAUAUAUCGUCAUUUCUUCCUUGUGAACAUUUAUUAAAGGUGUUUAUGGUUCAUGGCCUGCAUAAAGAUUUACUAUAUCGAAGUAAACGAUGGCUUCAAUGUAACAAUCAAAAUUUAUCUAAACCACCAAUAUUAGUAGUUACUGAAUCAACAAAUCAAUCAAAUAUUUGUAUAGAUUAUAAAAAAGCUGUAACAGAUACAAUUGAAAAAUUAAAAGAUUUUCAAACACAAUAUUCGGAACAAGUUGUACUUGAAACAGUUAAACAAAUAACUAUUCUAUUAGAAUCUGUAUUACCAAAGUCAUCUAUAAUUUCAUUAAAUAAUAAAUAAUGAAUUUUUCUUGAUUAAGAGAACAGUUCAAUGUUUCUAUUUCAACAUAAAGUUUCUUGUAUAUACAUAUUGAUUUAGUUAUGAAUAGGAUGAAAUACAAUAAUGUACAGCAGAUCAGUUUUUAUCCCAUUAUACAAAAUUCACAGAUUCUACAGAGAUGUAUUCAACAUUUAAGAUAAUAUUCUGCCAUAUAUUUUUAUGUAACUUGAAUAAAACUUGACAAACAGCUGUUGAAUGAAUAAAGGAAACUUGUUCAUUGUUGUUUGUGUUGUUAGUUCUCAAACUGUGUACACUUAUAAUCCAACUUCCUGCAGCAUUCUUAUAUAUCUACUAAAUUAUUUUAUCAAAAUUUAUAUUGAUUUUCUCAAUAUAAUAUUUUAGAUAUUG